AGCGAGGGAAAGAAAGAGUGACAGAGAACAAAGACAAAAAGCGUCCUCGAUGGCCAACAUAGAAAUAACAGGAAAACUUAGAGCUUGUAAAUUAGCUGGCGAAUUCGAACACUACUUCCCAAAACCAAAGGAAGCAUCGUCAUCUUCAUUGUCACUUCCGACGCAUCUUCUUCGUAAUCAUCGAUUCUCAAAUUUAAGAAUCUGCCUCUUCGUCGAUGGUCCUCCAAUACCUUUCUCCUUGUUAUUCCCCCAUUCUUUUCUAUUUUCCAUUUUUGUUAUUAAUUAUCAGUCUCCCCACUUCUUGCGAUUCGCAUAUUUCCUCUUACUAAGUCUUAGAUUCUUUGUCCUUGUGAAUCUUCCUUAUACAUCCUCCUCCACUUCCAAAAAUGGCUGCUUCAUUUUUCUUGAUUCUAUAAGCCGUUUUCAUGUUCUAUUCUAUCUCAAAAUUCUGUUGUAUAUGCAGUUUUCGAAGUAGGUUUCUAUAAAUUCUGGCUGCUAAGUGAAAUAUAGUGAAGCUGUUUUUCUUUUUCUUUUUCUUUUUCUUUUUCUUGUGAAUAAUGGAGAGGUCACCACGGCAUGGAAGAACCUCUAAUCCUUAUUCUUCGACGUUGUCGAAGAACAGACGAAGUGGUUACGAACCGUCUGAUACAGAGACGGAUUUCCAAGAAAGUCCAUGGCAUGAUCAUGGUCGAAAGAACGAAGAUACUUUGGUUUCCGAAGGGCCAAGAUUAAUGGAGUUUGAUUUGCAGAGAAAAACCGACUCUUUGAACCGUAGCCGGAGGCAUUCGUCCAGGUUUGAACUCGAUAUCUCUUCUUCUAGAAAGAACGAUAUAGAAAGCCCUGCUCGUAGGAGGUACAACAGCAAGUCACCGUAUAAGCCUAGUAGAGAUGAUAAUGAUGAAGUUCAUUCCCCUUUACCUCUUACACCUCCAUCUGAAUUUAUUGGAAAUGUUAGUCCUUUGUCAAAAUCUGUUGGAACGAGAUUUCGUUCACCUCAUAAACCUGGUAGAGAAGGAAAUGAUUUGGAUGAGGAUGAGAUUGUAAUUCCAACUAGAAAGCAGAACCAGAGACCGCCUGCUAUGGAUGAUAACGAAGAACAGCUACAGCUUGUUGAGGUCGCUAGAUGGACCAAGAAACCAAACUAUAGUCGGAGAUCAGUGACUGCCCCAAGACAAAGGCUAAGAAAUUAUCAGGAAAUUCAGCAUAAAGUGGAGGCAAAACCAGCACCAUUGUCGAAAGCCGUGAUUCAGAAACAAGUAGAACCUGCUCCAUAUGCAAAAAAACCUUCCAUCGGCGAAAUUAACGAAAUGGUUGCGAAUGCAAAGCUUUCUAGAAUUCCUGCUUGUAACUCUCCGAUUUUCGAAAGUACAGAUUCCUUUGCAACAGGUGACAUCUUCUUUUCUCGUGAAGGUUCAGUUGUGGCAUUGCCAAAGAAUGUUUUAGCGAAGAAUGGUGGUCUUGAAAGUCUUUAUGUUCCAAAACCCAACAUAAUUUCUGAAAGAGAUUCUGCAUCUCAUUUGAGAAGUCGAGAAGCGAGCAAUUUCGAACAGAAUGCUCGAGUGACUUCAUCCAGUAUUGGUUUAUCGCAAACGACUACGACCUCCAGCUCUGCUAUAAGUAGGCAGAGCAGUGGUGGACUUAGCUUUGGUAGUGGUAGGAUGAGUAAUGGAAGUGCAAGGACAACUGAGAGCAUGAGAAAAUUCACAGAUAAUAGAAUAAAAAGUCAAUCAGAUGCAUGGUUUGCUUGUAUGUGGAAAGGACCUUGUAGCAGAUCAAAAUCACCUAAACGUCAAGCAUUUGAUGAGGCUGCUUAUAUUCAGAAGGCCUAUGUUGUUGAACAUCUCAAUCAGUUCUGGGCUGAUAAGCAUCAACCUGGUUCCUUGAAUGGAUUCACUUGCCAUAAGCAAGAAGCUCAACUUCUCAGGCAACUGGUAUCCGAAGACACCUGUCCCCACAUUUUGCUCAAAGGACCUACUGGUUCCGGGAAAAGAUCCCUGGCAAUGGCACUUCUACGAGAAAUAUAUGGUGAUGCAUGUCGGAAUAUAUCUUAUGACUUGAGAUAUUUUCAGGUUCAGGAACAAAGACCAACAGAAGUGGUUGUUCCAAUAGCAUCCAGUGCUUAUCAUUUGGAGCUCAAUGUACACUUGGAGCAAAAUGCUAUUUAUGCAUUAUUGGGUUUGGUCAGAGAAAUAAGCAAGGACUAUGAAAUUACUCCUGAGAUUAGCGAUGCUAAUUUCAAGGCCAAUUACAAAGUAAUAGUCCUGUAUGGCGUGGACAAAGCAGCAGAGAACAUUCAACAUUUGAUAAAAUGGAUUCUGGACUGUUACACAGAUGCUUGUAAACUGGUACUCUGCUGCGAAGAUGAUUCAAACAUAAUUGAAUCAGUAAAAAACCGUUGCAAAGUCAUUAAAAUUGAUGCUCCUGUGACUCAUGAAAUCAUGGAAGUUCUUACUCAGAUAGCAAGAAAAGAAGACUUUGAUCUCCCCAUGAGCUUUGCUGCUAAGAUUGCUACUAAAUCGAAACAGAACCUGAGAAAAGCAAUCAUGGCUCUUGAAACAUGCAAAGCACACAACUAUCCUUUCAUGGAUGACCAACCAAUUCAACUUGGAUGGGAAGAGGUUCUAGCCGAAGUUGCUGCAGAAAUCCUAUCCGAUCCAUCACCCAAGAGGUUGCUUUUAAUCCGGGGAAGGUUUCAAAAGCUUCUAUCUGAUUUUGUUCACCCCAAACUGAUCCUACAGAAGCUGGUGGAACUGUUUCUAAGGGGAAUUGAUUGUAGUAUAAAAAGAGAACUUUACUAUUGGCAUGCAUAUUAUGAUAAAAGACUACCAGCGGGAACAAGCGCUUUACUGAAACUAGAAGAAUUCAUGGUCAAGUUCAUGAGCAUAUACAGGAAACGUUGCAAUCAUCGUCAUUAUAUGUAGUUCGAUUAUAUGGGUCGGCCUGCAUAUAUAUAUAUAUAUAUCAACGUAUUUUUGUUAAGAUCAUGAUGUAGCUUAAGUUGCUGCUUGAUCCGAUCGACUUCAUAAUUAGAGAUAUACAAUUAGAGCUUCCUGGGUUUACAACGGUAUUGAUUGAACGUACAAACUUUCUCAGAAGAUAAAUGCAAGACCUCUAGAUUCUCAUAGAGCUGAUCAUGUUUGUUAAAAUUUAUGAAUGGGGUUCUUUCUUAUCCUUCUUUCUUAUCUCAAAGGAAAUUAUGUGAGUAGUUUUGCUCGAUAUGGAGAAUUAAGUCUCAGAUUUGUGUAGUAUUUUUUUUUUUUUUUUUUUUUCCCUAUGGGAAUAUAAACAGGCUUUAAACAUGGAAUAACAUUCAAAUUAUUC